CGAAUCGAAUCGAAUCGAUUGAUUCAUUCGAUUGAUUCGAAUCGAUAAAGCAGGUGCAUGGUCGGUUUUUCGUCAACAAUACGCUCUCGCAUUGUCAACAAGAAGAAGCACGAGUUCAAUUGACAAUGGCGUCGGCUAGUGGCAUGUUCCUCGAAGAUGAGGAGCGCCGACGAUUAAUCCGCCAGCUACAAGCCACUGGUGACCUGAGUUCCGAUGGUCGUCCUACUAUCACCUACAGUUCCGUGGAUGGUCGGUCCCAAGGCAACGAUACUGGAUGUUUGAUUUGCGGCAAAGAUGACGAUCACAACAAUUUGAUGCUUUGUGAGGGAUGCAAUGACGAGUAUCACACGUACUGUUUGGACCCACCCUUAUCAGCAGUGCCGGAGGAUGAUUGGUUUUGUGACAAUUGUAGAGCCAGAUCAACUCGAGCUGCCAAAACGAGUUCUGAUGGUUUAAAUGAAAUCGUCAAUUCGUUGCCUCGAGAAUUCACAUCGAGGUUUGGAGAGGUGUGCUGGGCGAAUGGAGGUUCAAACUAUGGCUAUUGGCCGGCAUGUGUAUUUGAUCCUAGACUCACGGAGGGUAGUGCUCGUCAAACCGCCAAGAAGAAUUUGGGCAAGAAGCAUUUGGUUUACUUUUUUGAAUGCCACGAAGCUCCCUUUGCCGUGCUGACGAACAACAAAAUACUUCCCUGGUACGCUGGGUUGGCGGAAAAUUUGCACUUGGGCAAAUCUGCAAGGUCCGCAGGGAAACAAAGAGCCCUUCAAUUUCAACAUGCUCUGCAGGCAGCCAUAAUUGAAGAGGACAAACCUCUGCACAUGCGACUCGAUUGGAAUAGUCGAUCAGAGGAACAACCACAACUUCUCCCCAUCCCAAAAAAGAAACAAAAAGACAAGGAGCCAAUCGAUGUCACUCACAUGUCUCCCAGAGGAAAGAGAAGAAGCCGUAGUCAAUCAGGCGAAAAACGAGCACGAAAGCAGAAAGACAAGAAGCACAAGGAUGAUCAUCUGUAUUGCAGGGUCAUGAAACGGAAUUCUAGCCCUGGAGGCAAAAACAGCAGCAAGUCUUACACAAAUAUUGGAUUCGUUAGAGUUGACUCUGUCAAGACAGCCACAUUUUCGGACGUGAGAAACGCUAUUAAUGAGGACUUGGUCCCUGAUGGAUUGGCGGAAGGCACCAAUUGGAAGUUCCACAUCUCCACCUUGGGCCCGGUUAGUCUGAAGCAAGAAUCUUCCAUGGGGGCUGUCAUUCCCUUUCUACGCAGCGGAAUCGGGGGUAACGCAAUGAAUGCCGGAAGUAUCGAGGACCCCAUCUCAGUUUUCAUCUUUGAGGUUGGGGAGAAGCAUUAAUUUUGGAUCGUCAAAGAUAACUAAGGUGCUUUCAUCAUAAUAUGGUAGCACAAAGCAACGCGGAGCUGGGG